CUCUCCGACGAGCAGCAGAUCAUGCGUGCAGCAGAUGCUGAUGAUCGGAGUGAGUGAUCCUUAAUAAAUAAGAAAGAUGAUCCGGAUCGCUGCUCUCAAUGCAGCCUCUCAGGCUGCCGAUGAGCAUGAAGAUGCCUUCAGAAGUACUAAACCAGGUCAAACCAAGGAGGCCCAGGAGGCGGAAGCAUUUGCUCUGUAUCAUAAAGCUCUUGACCUGCAGAAACAUGACAAGUUUGAAGAGUCUGACAAAGCAUACCAUGAACUUCUCAAGACCCCACUGCUCAAGGAGGCAGUGGCAUCCGAAGAUGAGAAGGUGGGACUCAAGCAUCCUGGACUGAUGUUGAAAUACUCCACCUAUAAAAACCUGGCUAGUCUUGCUGUGCUCAAAGAUGAUGUUGACACUGCCAUGGACUACUAUGUGCAGGCUGUGAUGCUGGACUCCACAGAUGUGAAUAUGUGGUAUAAAAUAGGCAAGUUGGCCUUGAGAAAGGUGAGCAUGCCUUUGGCCCGUCAUUCCUUUGAGGUGGGCUUACGCUGUAACCCGGACCACUGGCCCUGCCUGGACAACCUCAUCACAGUCCUCUACACUCUCAGUGACUACAGCUGUUGCUUGUACUACAUCUGUAAGGCUCUGGAGAAGGACUCAGGCUACACAAAGGGCCGGGUGCUGAAAGAGAAGAUCUUUGAGGAGCAGCCCUGCCUCAGACGAGACUCUAUGAAGAUGUUCUCCAAACUUGAUGUGUCAGUGCAGUAUGGUGAUGUAGAUGAGGAGGAAGCUCACAGUAUUGUGGAGGAGGCACUGGAACUGAGGAGGCAGAGACAAGCUAAAUUUACACGGCACCCAGUAGCUGACCUGCAGCUGGUUCAGCCCAUCAAAUACUUCAGCUGGAAGAGUGUUGGGGAGUGUUUCCUGGCCAUGUACAAACACCAGAAUGCUUGCUUGGUCCCACGACCGGAUUUUGGCCGCAGAAUCGACCUGUCAAUGUAUCAUGACCCAGACUCCCUUAUCCAAAUUCCCACCAGCACUCCAGCUGCUGCCACCACAGUUUCAGACCCCCCUCAGCCCCCUGUGCCUGUCACCCUGCCUCAGCCCCCCCCUGUCCCUCCUUCUGAUCCCUGUAGCCCAAUCUCCAGUCUACCCCCAUCCACAGAGCUCUUUGUCCAGCCGCAGGCCCAGUCUAUCGCUCCUGGAGCGGUACCACUGAACCAAAAUGUAAUUGAGGUGACCACCACAACCAUAAUAACCACUGCUGCUACCAAUGGAACCGAGGAUGCUGUUGUUACUACGGUUACUUCUGCUGCUGAAGUGAAAAAAAGCACCAAGAGAAAACGUGUGAUUGAGGACAUCGUAGAAACAGCAAAGAGACGCUCAGCACGCGUCCGCAACACCAAAAGUAAGAAAGAAGAGAAGAUAGACUUCCAGGAACUCCUGCUCAAAUUCCUCCCCUCCAGGCUUAAAAAGUUUGAAGAUGAUGAAGAUGAGGAGAGUCUCAGUAACAUGGACUCUCAGUGUGACGUCAAACCUGAUUCCCAUUUGAACCGUGGCACCGGAUCCAACUCCUCUGAAUACAUCAUUUCUAUGGAGUCAGAGCGGAAGGACGUGCAUGCAUUCCUGCUGGAAAACAUGCAGAACGGUGGCAUCCUGGAGCUGAUGAUGCGUUAUCUGCAGGCAGUGGGGCAGAAGUUUCUGGAAGAGUGGCCUGCAUGCCUCAGUGGAGUGGUGCUGGAUAUCUUCAACUGCUGGAGGAAACACAGCACUGGGCUUCCCAACCCACUUCUCAGAGACUCCAGCAACAAGCACAUAAAGGAAAUGAUGCUGAUGAGUCUGUGCUGUCUGGAGCUGCAGCUGGAGCAGAGGUCCUUGAUGAAGGGGAAGAACAUGUCUCAAAGGAAGACUGCGUCUGGUAAAGGAAGGGAUUCUGGUGAUGUGGAUGGUGUAGAGGCUCGCUUUCAAUCUGAUUUAUUCCUCUUGACCAUGGCCGCCUCUCAGAGAGAUCUGUUUGAAGAAGACUGGAUGUCGUUUGCUGUCAGAGUUCACUGGCUCAAAGCACGACACCUCGCCUUUCAGGGUGACAUGGAGGAGGCACUGGAGUGUUACGACAUGUGUGUCGGGCUGCUGAAAUGUCAGAGCAGUGAGACGGAAAGAAUCACCAUCAUCCUGCCCAACCUCAGCGUGGAUGCCGCCAUCUCUUUAGAAGAGAUUGAAAAGAAACUGAAAUCUCUUGAACGAUGUCAGUCUCUAGAGGAGAUCCAGAGACUCUUUGACUCUGGAGACUACCCGUCUGUGGUCCGUUUACUGCAGCCAACUCUGAGCUUUGGCCCCAGCUCAGCACGACUCAAACCGCUAGAUUACAUCAGCUCUGCCCCUGAGAGACCUGCACAGCUGCUACUGCUGCAGAGUUCCCUGCUGAGGCUCAAAGACUACAGCUCAUGUCUGGAGACGUCUGAAGUGUCUCUUAAUGAAGCUCUGCAGCACUUUAACUCUGCAUUACCCAGCAAGGAAGAAUGGGUGUCCACCAUCACAGCUCUGCUGAGAGGCAUCGAAAGCUGCAUUAAUGACGAACCCGAGCUGCUCAGUCACACCCCGCGCUCCACAAAUCUACCCCGCCUCGCCAACAACCUCAUACAGUUGAUAGCCAACAGUAUGGUGUUACCCGAUGACCCUAAGGAAGCUCAUUUCUCAUCGCUGUUGCCAUGGAUUCUGCUGUACCACCUCAUCAAACAAGAAGAGGCAGCGUUUGACUGCAUGCUGCGGCAACACAUGGUAGAUGAAGAUGAUGAUGAGGAUGAUACUCCAUUGUUGCCCUCCUCCCUCAUGCUUCUGAACACAGCACAUGAAUAUCUGGGCCGCAGGUCCUGGUGCUGUAACUCUGACGGCACUCUGCUCAAAUUCUUUGUGCGUGUGUUGAAGCAGAAGCUCUCAGAAGGAGAGAAUCUGCCUUACAAAGAGGAUCUGGAGACUGCACUAGAGCAGUGUUUCUAUUGUUUGUAUGCUUACCCCAGCAAGAAAAGCAAAGCCAGAUACCUGGAGGAUCAUUCUGCCACACAGGUGGAGUUACACUGGAACGAUGCCACCUUUAUGUUUGAGUACUUGAAGCCCAAGACCUUGCCAGAAUUUGACAGUUAUAAGACAAGCACUGUCUCCGCUGACCUUGCUAAUCUGCUGAGAAGGCUUUCUGGAAUAAUCCCACGUGAUGACGGUCCCACUCUCACUGUAGAUGAUGUGUCUGCCUAUAUAGAGGGAGGAGCUAUCAAGGUGCCAGCUCUUCCGGAAGGAGCUUCUCCAGCGCCCCAUGUGGUUAAUGAGUUGUACUACCUGCUGGCAGACUAUCACUUCAAAAACAAAGAGCAGUCUAAAGCCAUCAAGUUUUACAUGCACGACAUCUGUGUGUGUCCCAACAGGUUUGAUUCCUGGGCAGGCAUGGCUUUGGCACGGGCCAGUCGCAUCCAGGACAAGUUGAACUCCAAUGAGCUAAGGAGUGACGGGCCUAUCUGGAAAAACUCUCUGGCUGUGUUGACCUGUUUCAAACGGGCUCUGGAGAUCGAUAGAUCCAACCUGGCCUUAUGGAUUGAGUACGGCACCAUGUCCUAUGCCUUACACUCAUUUGCUUCCAGACAGCUUAAACAGUGGAAACGCGAGCUUCCCCCAGACUUGACCAAACAGAUGGAGGAGCGCAGGGACUCAAUGUUGGAAACGGCGUCUCAGUGUUUUCAGAGUGCAUCACGUUGUGAUGGCGAUGAGGAGGAGUGGCUCAUUCACUACAUGAUGGGAAAGAUAGCAGAGAAACGCAAACUGCCACCCAAAGACUACCUGCAGCUCUACAAACAGUCUGCACACUACCUGCAUGAGGAAGCAGCCCGCUACCCACGCAAAAUCCACUACCACAACCCGCCUGACCUCGCUAUGGAGGCCUUAGAGCUGUUCUUCCGCCUGAGCGCCACUAUUCUGAAGUUACUGGAAAACGAGGAAGAUGGUUGUGAACCGUCUGAGCAGCAGAUGAAGAUUAUGGACUAUGAGCUGUUUUUCAACAUGCUUGCUGAAGCAGCUAUCGGACCAUUUGCACGUGGGGAGGAGAAAACCGUGCCCAAAACCAGUAGUGACAAGGAAAAACUUUCCUCCAUUAAUGACGAUGACUCUCACUCCUCAUUGGCUGGUGUGAGUACCUGUCCGGCAGCUUUGACCACCUCGUCUGUGACAUCUGUGGUGAACGUAGCAACUUCUUUACAUGGCGACGGUGCAGCAGGUGCGAGUUCUCCCCCGUAUGCGGUCACUCCAGUCGACCACGAUUACGUGAAACGUAAAAGCCUGCAGCAGAGGCACAGGCAGGGGCGGGAGCUACAGCAGCAGCAGGACGCUAACUUCUCACAUGACCAUGACUACUGCGUGUGGCCAGGAAAUAUGUAUGAGCAAAGUCAGGAUAGCGUUGCUAUCAUGUCGGACUCCAGCUCCUUACAGGAUGUCUUCAUGGACCCCACCAGCUCACAGGACAGCAGCCACAAGGUGGAUUCUGGAAAGUGUAGUAUUUUUCCAGAAGAAUCAAAUGCCAUUGGAAAAGAGAAACAGGCGAGAGCAGAGGACACAGGCACCUUAGAGGACAAGAAUAUGGAUAUCAGCUCUGCCACUCUGUCUCAUGAGUCCUCUGUCACGCAAGAGUCUUCAGAUACCACCUUAUCCAUCACCUCUCCUGAGGUCUCUGUCCCAAAAACUCCUACCACAGACACCCCCACCCAACCUCUAACUUUGCCCCUGCACAGUACCACACCACAGAAACCUCACCCACUGUCGGGUCCCUCCAGCGACAGUAAGCGCAAACCAGAUCCCCCUCCCCCGCUGGAGGUGAUUGAGAUGCCCAAGUGUCUGCCGGCUGGUCGGAGAGAACAGAGGAAGACGCUGGUGGACGUGUGUGUGAGGUCUCUUUUCCUGUGUCUGAGUCGAUACCCACAACACUACAAGAGCCUGUACCGGCUGGCCCACCUGUACACCUACAGCAAGACACGCAAGAACCUGCAAUGGGCACGAGAUGUGUUGCUAGGGAGCAGUGUCCCAUGGCAACAGCUGAAGCACAUGCCAGCACAAGGACUUUUCUGCGAGCAGAAUAAGACCAAUCUGUUCAAUGGCAUCUGGCGUAUUCCAGUAGAUGACAUCGAUCGUCCUGGUAGUUUUGCAUCUCAUAUGAACAGGUCAAUUGUGCUGUUGCUGGAUGUGCUGUCUCAACUGAAAGAUCACCACACCUUACUCAAAAUCUCCCUCAUGCUUCAGAGAACACCUGACCAGGGAAAGAAGUACUUGCGAGAUGUGGACCGACAAGUUUUGGCCAAGCGAGCAUUUUUCUUCACUGUAAAAGUGCUGGAGGACAAUCUGGAUAAACUCACAGGGGUAAGUGAUCCCCUUAAAACAUCCACCACAUCUAUGGGUGAAAUGACCACAGCUGAUGUGUCCAACCGACCCCCUGCUACGGAGGACCUCAAAUGCUCUCACACCACCCAGCCUAAAGCAGCUCUCCCUGAUCCCCUUACCAUCACUGGAAGUGAGAUUGGAUACCCUAGCAUGCCACAGGCUCACCUAGCCACACUCCAGCACUCACUGGAACCCUUUCCCCAGACGCCAGUGAUAGGGGUCCCCACUCACCCCAGCGUAGGUACUUCUGGGCUCGGAGAGCCUAUGGAACAUGGUCCGGGACCAUUACCUGGUGCCUCAAAAUACAGAGACCCUCAAACACACACUGAUAUUGCCUCGCAAGAGCAGGGGGGCGUUAAAUCAGCAAUUGAGGAGACUGAGAGGAUUCCAGAGGGUAGUCGGGCAUCUGAAUUGUCCCUGGAGGAGUUAAGCAUUAGUUCAAAACAGCAACUCCUACAGAAUCAAGCAAAUCCAGUAAAGGGAGCACUUGCAAUGGCCACAAUACCAACGACAAGCAACCUCACACAUUUGUCAAGCACCCCUGAGCUGGGAUUACCACAGCGACCCAACCGGAAGAGAAAAUUGCUGGACGACGUUGAAUCGGGCAAGACGCUUCUGUUGGAUGCAUACAAGGUCUGGCAGCAAGGUCAGAAGGGCAUGACCUACGACCUGCAGCGCAUCGAGAAGAUUAUGUCCGAGUCGUACAUGCUGAUUAAACAGGUGGAUGAGGAUGUAGCUUUGGAUCAAGCUGUUAAGUUCUGCCAGAUUCAAAUGGCAACAUCUGCACAAAGACAGAACUCCAGUGAUGCGCCCAGCACUCCAAAGUUUAGUAAAGACAUCUUCUUCCCAGCAUCAUUUUCCACACCAUGCCUCCAAAUGCACACAUACCCAUUAUCAACCCAGGAUGUGGAUGCCAAGCUGUGCAAGACCCCUCGGACACUGCUCACACAAACACAGACACACAGCACUCCAACACAGAUCUACUGCCCACCAUCCAGCCAACCAGACCAAUCACAGCAGCGCAAGACACCUAGCCAGCCAAUAGCAAACGUGGCCUUCUUGCCCCAGACAGAGGACAGAGAGGAGUCUGCUGCUCCUGAGGGUCUGCUGUACCUCCAGCAGGAGUCCCACUUGUGUCAGCAGAUGAACAUGGCCACAGUCUCUCGCAUUUACAGCACACAGGAGUUCCCCACAUGCUCAACACACACCAGCACAGACAGUGUAGGCCAGUUAAAGCAGGGCGAUGCCAACCGUAUUCGAUCCCGAAUUCCACCCAACAUGCCCAAACUGGUCAUCCCCUCCACGGUCACUAAAUUUCCCCCGGAGAUCACGGUCACACCACCUACGCCCACCCUGCUCUCCCCAAAAGGCAGCAUCUCUGAGGAGACCAAACAGAAACUCAAGAAUGUGAUCCUGUCCUCUCAGUCUGCAGCUAACGUGAAGAUAGACACUCUCGCGCAACCGGCUUUAGAGGUACAAGAGACGUCCAGUCAGGAAUCCUCUCUGGAAAGUGAAUCAGAUGAGGAAGAUGACUACAUGGACAUUUGAACUCUAAAUUUUUGCUGUAGAACUCUGAACCAACCCAAGCUGAACUCUGAAACAAAAUCUCCUUUUCUAAUCGUGUAGCUGCAGCUAACCACUGACGGUUUUUCUGUAGCACGUUUUCCCGCUGCAUGCAUGUUUUUCAGCAAAAGGGCUUUUUUUCCUACCCUGGCACUUGUGUCCUGUUCUUGGUGUUUUUGCUCCUCUGCUGCUAAGCAUGGACCGAUUUUCUAUAUUGUUCCGUUGGUUUUCGUUGUGUACGAUCCUGCAAGGUGCCAUUUUUACGCCAGCAGUUGUGAACAUGACAAGAAUUCAAAAUUCUCUACUGAUGGACAGAUUGUGAUGCAGAGUUUUUUGGGCAUUAAAUUCACAGAACGUCACAACGUUGUUUACUGAUUUAACAGGAAGUCAAUUUUGCAGCUGUGUAAAAUAAAAAAACUAAUGUCAUAUUUGUACCAAGUUUCAGUUACAUUGCAACCAAACAUGGAAUAUUACACACCGGGAUGUCGGCAUGCAAACGUUUUUUUGUUACCACCGUGUGGACAUUUAUCGGGUUUUUGUUCUUUCUGCAUAUGUGUAAAUUUGCAUGUGUUUUUUUUCUAUUUCCAGAGCGGUGAUUCCUCCACGUAUAACACGCAUGGAGUUUUUCAAAAUUUCAAGAUUUCAAUUUAUUUUAUUUACUGUUAAUACAUUACCGAAUUGUUGUUUUUGUAAAAACAUCAAAGACCUGACUUUAGCACUCUUAGUUUAAAUGAAUACUUCACAAAAAUGUAAGUUCUGCAUCCUUUACUCCCCUUCAUAUCAUUCCAAAUCCAUAUGAUGGGUUUGGAACAGCAUGAGGGUGAGUAAAUUAUAUUUUAUUUUUAAGCGAACAAUCUCUUUAAACUGCAAAGAGUUUCUGUACAAGCGUUGAAAGGAAUUGUCUAUUGUAUUACUGUUAAAGUCUUAUGCAACCUGAUUUCACGUUUUCAUUUGUAGUUUUGUUAUGUUUCCAUUCGGGUAUAGUGAAGAACAGCAUUUAAAGAACUGAAGCAUUCGAGCCCUGUCACCAGCACUGACAAUAUGUGACUAUUUUUCAUAUCACACUUCAAAUAUGAAUGUGACUCGAGCAGGAAUAGAAGAGUUGACUUGCACCAUUAUGUGAACAUUUCUAAACAAUAGACAUAAUGUCUGGGAUCACAGCAGCUAUGUAUUGAAACUGCAUUUUCUUAACGUCUUUUUCCAUAGGUUGAAAAUCCCAAACAAUGGUGCUGAUCUGUCUUCUGACUUUUUCAUAUAAUCUAAGAAUGGUUAAACAUAAAAAAUGCCCUGGCAAUAUAUAGAUUACUGUAUAUCUUUCUUUACCCAUUAGUUUUCAUUUGGAGUAACACUGCUUUACCUUUAGACUAUUAGGGUGAAUAACAUGAAUAUCAUCAAGAAAUGUUCCGAUCAUAUUUCAGCCCAAACUAAAAAGAAAAAUUAAUUCAUAAAUAUUUUUUUUUAAAUUAAGUUUUUUUUUUUUAAGGACUUUCAUGAUAUCUAAGCAAACAUUGCUCUUAUCUUAAAGGAAUAUUCCAGCUUAAAUACAAUUUCAGCUCAUUCGACAGCGUUUCUGGCAUUAUGUUGAUUACCACAAAAAAAAUGUCAACUCGUCCCGCUUCUUUAAAAUUAAAAGCAAAAAUCAAGGUUACAGUGAGACACUUACAAUGGAAGUGAAUGGGGCUAUUUUUGGAGGAUUUAAAAACAGAAAUGUGAAACUUCUAAUUUUAUAAAAGCACUUACAUGAAUUCUUCAGUUAAAACGUGUGUAUUAUUUUAGCUGUAAAGUUGUUUAAUUUGAUAUUAUAAGUCAUUUUUGAGUUUUAGGGUCUGUUUACAUUAAAACUUCACAUUCACUUCCAUUAUAAGUGCCUCACUGGAACCCAGAUUUGUGGUUUUUUAAAGUAAAGGAGGGGCGAGCCAAAACAAAUGUGUGUGUAAUCAACAUUAUGCCACGAAUGCUGUCGAUUCAGCUUAACUUGUAUUGAACCCGGAAUAUUCCUUUAAUGCAAAGUGUCUUAUUCCUGUCACUGGAGCGUGAAAACAACUAUGAAUUUAUUAUUAUCGUAAAUUGUAGUGUACAAUUGUAAUUAUAUACAUCAUGGUAGUAUUUGUUGUGCUUCUCAACAAAUUGUAACACAAGAACAAGUUAUUUUCUUUAUUACAAUGAAAAAUUAGGCGGGAAAUGUGCUUAAUUGUCAUGAAAAUGUCACAACGCAGAAAAUCGUAAUAGUCUUAAAAAUAGGCAUUUUAGGCAUUCUUUUUUGUUUGUUUGUUUUGGUGAAAUGUGAUGCUGACAUUUCAUUGUGCGAUUCACCCAUUUAGCUUGUCUGAUCAGAUAUUGGAGAAUAUUUUAGAUCAACGAACAGAAUAAAGAACCUUUGUAUGUAUGGUGAUGUCACUCGUGGGUGUGCUGGUUCCCCCACAGAUCUGCUUUUGGAGGAUGUUAAUCAUUCCCAUUCUAAUUUAAAGAAAAUGUAGUUAAAUGAAUGUUUUUUUUUACUGAUAGUUUUCUACUUAUAGAUGGAUAAAUAGCGACCAGUAUAUUUUGUGAGCAGAAUUUCUUUUUUUUAAAUAUAAGAAGACUUUGAAGUGAUUACAUGUUUAGAUGCAAUGAGCAUGGCUGACUAAACUACUUGUACACAGAUAAAGAGAUGUUUCUAUUUUUUCUCUUUCUAAAAUAAUGUUUUGUCCGUUGGUGUUUUUUGUAUGCUAUCUCUAUGCUUAUGUUAUGUAUGUAACAUGACAGAGGAAGUGGAGAUUGGGGUAUUACUGUGCUCAGGCUUUUUCUCUGAGAAGGUUGAUCAAUCUGAAUUUCUGACUUGCUGCACUGAUGAUAUCACAAAACCAAAAAUACACUUAAUGACCUUUUUA